AUGCUCUCGAAUUUGAGAGAUAUCUUCAAUAGGCUGUUAGUAACAUCAGAUCCAUUUCUCUCCCGCAUCAGGAAAUUGCCCCAGAGACCGGCGAAAUCUUUAUAUAAAGAAGCCCUACAAUUAUUAAAACAACCUGAAGUCACCAGACAAGAGACAAGGAACGAUUCCGAUUUAGAUACAAGUGGGUCAACAUCAGAAUCCGAAUCGAAUGAUUCGAACAUUGAAGAUGACGUACAAGAUUUUUGUUACUAGAAGUAAAUAACAGAUAUUCAUUUUGUUGCAAAUUUUUUAUAAAAUAA